AUGGCGCCGGUCAAUGUUACCACCUACCACACGGUGCAAAGCCGUGAUGAUCAGUCUGACGAGAAGCAGCAGGCUUUCCGCGACAGAGUCAUAGUCGCUGUGAUCUUCUUUUGCAUCGUCAUUGGCUCGCUGUUUUUCUUCUUGUGCGUCAGGCCUUGCACUCCUUGGUUGCGCAAGUUAAAGAAGAGGAACAACAACAACGAGAAGGAGAAAAAGAGGGAUGAUGGUCAGAAAGCCGACGAUAUCGAGCUGAGCGACAUGGGCCCUGCUUCUCGCGACCGUGAUGUGACCACCAGGGCCAUGGCUGAUCCUACUAUUGACCCAUCCACCAAACAGGAGCUCGCCCCAGCGGUUUGCGACCUGUGCGGCGAUGACUUGGAGCCUGUGAGCCCUAAGCCCAUUCCCAGCACGAAGAAGUUCACCCCACAGAACCUAGUCGGCAAAAACGUGUCCUCGGGCAUGAAAACGGGCCUGCAGCUGGUCCUUGUGAACAAGAACUUCACGAUGGGCAUGUCGCGGUCUCCUGCUCCGUCCUGGAGCCACAAGGUCGGUUCGCAGCGCAGCUUCUCAGUUCCAGAGCUCCCUCUGCCUCCUGACGAUAGCCUUGCUGUUGAGGACCGUCGGUCUGAUUCUACAAUUAGGAUCAGCGCUGCUGGAUUCGAGCCGAUCAGCUAUGAGGGCGUUGGCGGCUUUGCUGUGUACAGGGGUCCUGCACGGCACCAGGGCCCUGAACAGCCUGCGCAGUGUCCUCAGCCUCCCCAGUAUCGGUGGCCGUUCUCUGAUGUUGAGACGGACGAGACAGAUGUGAGUGAGUCUGAAGUUGAGUCGAUCCCCAAGCUCUUCUCUGGCUUCGCUGGAGGACCGGAUCUCACCUCUGACAAUAAUCAUGACUCUGGUGUUGAUGAUGAGGGCGAUUCUGUUCUUGAGUCAAUCUCGAGCCUCUUCUCUGGUUUCUCUGGAGGACCGUAUGCCAUCUCUGAGACCGCCUCGUCAUCUGGUCCUGGGGGCUCUAGUACGAGCGUGGUGGACAUGUCCUCUGAUCAAAAGUCCCUGUCCACUGGGCAGCAGUCAAGUGAGACCCAGACACUGAGUAUGAAAGCGUUCAGCUUGUGA